AUGUUUAUCCAAACGGAAUCUACGCCGAACGACGAUUCCCUCAAAUUCGUACCUGGAGUGUCUGUAAUGGGCGAAGGAACUGCAGAAUUUCUGGAUACCCGUUCGGCGCUAAGCUCGCCAUUGGCUAUUCGUCUAAUGGGCGUAGAAGGUGUUAAAGCAAUAUUUUACGGACCCGAUUUCGUCACCGUCUCCAAAGACUCUGAACAUCCAUGGGCUGUAAUUAAGCCUGAAAUAUACUCCACCCUCAUGGAACAUUUCUCAUCAGGUCAAGCGUUGUUUCGAAGUCAAGAAGAACGAGACAAUGCUGGCCCACAGGAUACACGAAUCUAUGAUACAGAUUCGGAGACAGUUGCAAUGAUCAAAGAAUUGCUUGAGACAAGGGUGCGACCAGCUAUUAUGGAAGAUGGAGGAGAUAUCGAAUAUCGUGGAUUCGAUGAAGCUGGUUCGGGGAUGGUGAAGGUCAAACUGAAGGGAAGUUGUCGAGGGUGUGAUUCAAGUACGGUAACACUCAAGAGCGGUAUUGAGAGGAUGUUGAUGCAUUACAUACCGGAAGUUAAAGGUGUCGAACAGGUGUUGGAUGAGGAAGAACAAAUUGCGCUCAACGAGUUUAAUAAGCUUGAAAAAAAGCUAAAUAAGGAGAAUCGGCAAGAAUCAUCUCCCAUGGCCCAGUACAUGUCAGCAUAG